AUGGUACAACUGGACGUUGAUAUUGAUAUGUCUUCCACUCAAAAGAUUAACUCUGAAGGUCAAAAUUAUGAAUCAUUCCAAGAUGAAGAACUGUCAUUAACAGAACAAGAAGUUUUAGAUAAAAAGAAAUUAGAUAAGAUUUAUAGAAAGUUGGAUUAUAGAAUCAUUCCAGCUUUAUGGUGUUUAUACUUUUUAGAAUCAUUUGGUUCAAGUGCUUAUGGAUUAACAUUAACUAUGAAUGCUGAUCAAGGUCAUUCUUUAGGUCAAAAAUUACAACUUACUGCUAAGGAUAUUUCAACUGCAUCUGCUUUAUAUUAUGUUGGGUAUAUUAUAUUCGAUGUACCAAUGAAUUUAAUCAUGACAAGAGUUAGUCCUCAAUCUUGGUUAGCAAGAAUUAUCAUUACUGUUGGUCUUGUUUAUUCAUUUUAUCAUAUUCUUACUAAUAAUCAAGGUUUAUUUGCAGUCAGAUUCAUUUCAGGUUUGGUUGGUGCUGGUACGUGGCCAGGAAUGAGUUAUUAUAUUUCUCUUUGGUAUCCAAAUGAAAGACUGACAAGAAGAAUUGGUUAUUAUUUCACUGCUGCUCAAAUAUCAGCUGCUGUUGCUGGGUUAGUUAGUGCUGGAUUUCAAAAAAUCGAUGGAGUUAGAGGUUAUUCAGGAUGGCAAUGGAUGUAUUUAUCUUAUGGGGUCAUUACUAUUGCUUGUGGUAUUCUGUUAUUAUGGUGGUUACCUGAUAGACCUUUCAAACCUGAACAUGAAGUUGAAUCAUCUAAUAAAUUAAUGUAUUGGUAUAGAAAAAUCUUUACAUCUCCUUUCCCUCUUAAUGAUGAAGAAAGAGAAUUACAUAGAAAAGAUUUACAAUCAAGAUAUAAAUUAAUCAAAUGGGGUUGGAAAGAUGUCUUUAUGAUCUUAACUGAUUUAAGAAUUUGGCCAUUAAUCAUUAUGUAUUUCGGUGUCGUUGGUACUGGUUUUGGUUUAGCUGUGUUUGGUUCUACUAUUAUUUCUGUAAACAAUCCAUCAUUAACUUCAAUUCAAGUCUCUUUACUUUAUGCUCCAAUUUGGUUAUUUGAUUUAGGUGGGAUUUUAAUUUUAACUCCAUUUGCUGAUAGAAAUAAAAAAUUAAGACCUUAUAUUUUUUCAUUUGCUUGUGGUAUUAUCAUUUGUGGUUUAUUUGUAACUACUUUUGCUAAGGGUAAAUGGAGUAGAUAUGGUGGAUUAUUAAUUUCCGGAUUUGGAUUAGGUCCAACUGUUCCAAUUUGUAUGUCAUGGGCAGCUGAAAUCUUUGGUCCAAGAUAUGGUGAUGUUGGUACAGCUGUUACUGCUGCCUUAGUUAGUGGUUUAGGUAAUUUAGGUUCAGUAACUGCUACGUAUGCCUUAUACAGUGGAUGGCCUGAUGAUGCUAGUAGAUUAUACAGAGAUUCCAAUAUGAUGUUAGUGGUAAUGUUAGGAGCUAGUAUAAUUGCUGCAGCAGUUUGUGAAUUGAUUAAAAAUAAAGUUAGACAAGUCAAGUAA